GUCAAGAACACGAAAAUCUUUCGGCUCAUGGAUCAUCUCGACUAGGCGCACGUCGACGAGUAUGUUGAGUUUUGCUACCUAAGAGAACACUGGAAGCAUAUUAGUAUUGCUCGAUUCUCAGAGAAUUCACGCCAAGAAGAUUACAUGAGCCUAAAUAGUCUAUCUAGUGACAUUCGGAAGCAUUUUCACCAGAUCCCCGAAGCCGCGUUGUCGAUGCAAGUCUGGCUCAUCCCUUUACUUCCAACCCCAUCUGUUGGCCAUCCAGCGAACGGCAUACACCAAGCCUACCAAGACUGGGACUUCGAUGAGCGGCCCAACGGUCGAUGCCAGGGCUUGGUCGCUGUUGGGGCCAAAGGUCGCGACCGCCACGGCGAUAGCUAACUCGAAGUUGUUGCUCGCAGCAGUGAAGCUCUGCGUAGCCACCAUGGAGAACCGGAAGCUGAGCUGUCAGCUGAUCCAUAACGUGACGAAGAAGAUGAGCACGGAAUACACAAUUAGUGGCGCAGAUACCCGGAAGACCGACACAAUCUGGUGAACAUCCCAGAGUACAAGAAUUGCGGGAAUUAAGUAAGUGGAGCGACGGGCAUAUAUGGAUUAGCCCUGAGCAGCAUGGCAACUUGACGGGCAUCUUCAAGCAGCAGAUUGACUGGAUCCCAUUAUGCUCCGGCUCAGUGCGUCCUACUCAUGGAAGAACUUUGGCCAUUGCCCAAGUAAGCGAAGGAUCAGU